AUGAACGCUAUUGUUGCUUUGAUCUCUGCUGUCAGCGUCUUCGCUGUCUCUGCUCUUCACCUUGACUUUGGUGCUGCCGAUCUGGCUCUCCACGGCGGUCUCGUCAAGGGUGUUCAUCAUGGCGCCAAGGUUCUUCACUUUGUUCCUAAUGGUGAAUUCGAUGGUCUCAAGUGCGGUGCUCACUUUGCCUGGACUGCUCCAGCUGCUGUCAAGGAAGUCUUGGCCUUCUCUCACUGCAAGGAAGGUGGUCUUGUUUUGUUCCACGUUUCCUUCGCCAAUGGCGCUGAGGCCUUCUUCCAUGUCGUUGGCAGUGUUGCUGUUCCAGUUGAUCACCAUGUCUGGUUCGGAAAGCUCGCCAAGGGUGUCUGCAAGCAUGCUCCAGCUCUUGCUGGCUUGCCACACCAUGCUGUUUUGGCUGACUUGGCUCAUGUCUUGGCCUAA